AUGACAUUGCUGCAGAGACUUGAAGGAGAAUCACUCUGGCCAUUGUACAUAACUGCCAAAGGAGUUAAUGAUUAUUUCUGCAAUUUUAGGUAUAUUACAGCUAAUACUGACACAGAAGAACAGAGUUUUCCUGUCCCUAAGCCAUUUAAUACACACAUAGAGGAAUUAAAGUUAGAUGUCCUUCUGCAGAAGGCAGAUCACUUACGUGUGAAUGAGUCUGGAAAGAUGGAGAGUUUUGAACUACUUUGUGACCACAAAGAAAAGUUUAGAGAUGAAAUAGAGUUUAUGUGGCGGUUUGCUCGUGCUUAUGGAGACAUGUGUGAACUUUCUACAAAUGCAGAAGAAAAGAAACAUUAUGCUAAUAUUGGAAAAACUUUAGGUGAAAGAGCUAUUACUAGAGCACCCCUGAAUGGAUAUUGCCAUCUGUGGUAUGCAGUUUUGUGUGGCUGUGUAUCUGAGUUUGAGGGCUUACAAAACAAAAUCAACUAUGGUCAUCACUUCAAGGAACAUCUGGAAGUGGCAAUCCGACUUUUACCUGAAGAACCCUUUUUGUAUUACCUCAAGGGAAGAUACUGCUACACUAUCUCAAAACUCAGUUGGAUUGAGAAAAAAAUGGCUGCUACUCUGUUUGGAAAAAUACCAUCUUCAACUGUACAAGAAGCUUUAUACAACUUCCUUAAGGCUGAAGAACUACAACCUGGUUUUUCUUUGUCCAAUUAUAUGCACUUGGCCAAGUGUUAUGUUGAUCUCGGGGAAAGUCAAGAUGCUUGGAAGUUCUGUAACUUGGCAUUGUUACUCCCUGUUGUUACCAAAGAGGACAAAGAGGCACACAAAGAGCUGAAAAAAAUAAUCUCUUCCUUGAAGAGGUAAAUAAAAGAACUUACUCUUCAA